AUGACUACUGCUCCAUUCACUACUGUCGACGUAUUCAGCGAUACCCGGUUUCUGGGUAACCAGCUGGCAAUUGUCGAGUUGGCUGGCGAGAAUACUGACCUCUCAACUGACAACCUUCAGCAAAUUGCUCGUGAGUUUAAUUACUCUGAAACUAUCUAUAUCUACCCUCCCUCGACUGCCAACACCUACCCGGUGCGUAUUUUCACUCCCGACACUGAAUUGCCGUUUGCUGGACAUCCCACUAUCGGAGCAGCAGACCAUGUCAUUGGCCUGGUCACUGCUGGCACUUCUUCUGCCACUCUCGUUCCUCCAGCAGGCCCAAUUCCAGUCCAAAAGUCGUCUGAUGGCGUGGUGAGGGCUCAUAUCCCCCAUAAUGUGCACUUUCACAAGGCCACUGCCAAGGAUUUGCCGGAUCCAGUGGGAUUCUCUAGUGAUCCUGUCAUUGCUGAAGCUGAGCGCAAUGCCCCUCUCUUUUCUAUUGUCAAGGGAUUGAGUUUUGCCCUGAUUCGUCUGCCCUCGGUCGAGGUGCUGUCUCGAGUAAAGAUGUCGUCAACACCGUUGAAUCUGGCUCCGUUGCUAGACCAUGAAUGGAACUCGGGCUUUGUUGGCCAGCUGUAUUACGUCCUUGAGGACGAGCACACGGUGCGUGCGAGAAUGAUUCUUCUCGACCAGUUCGAAGACCCUGCCACUGGAAGUGCCAACAGUGCACUUGGCGCGUACCUUGCUUUGACGACUGGUAAGAACCAGAACAUCCAGGUCACCCAGGGUGUAGAAAUCGGCCGCCGAAGUGUCAUUGGCGUCGAGGUUGAACUGGAUGGCGACAAAAUCAACACCCUCAUUCUGUCUGGCAAGACCGUCAAAGUGACCAAAGGCGACAUCAUAGUUUCGGCAGAUAAACUAUAA